AUGUUUCUUUUGUCUGAUGAAAUUCAAUCCAAAGUGGUGCAAUUACAAAAUUUUUCUCAACUUGAUAUUAGUACUCUUGAUAUUAGUACUCAAUUACGUUUAUGGAAAGAAACAUUUAUCUUUCGUCGACAAGUCCUACGAGAUCAAUCAACAAGUGAUAUUAUGAAGAAUUUUCCUGCUUAUAGUGAUGCUUUCUUGGUCUUUGAAGAAGUAAAAAUGUUGGUGAAUAUUGACUUAAGUAAAGAAGUUCGCCGACAAGUUUCUAUUUUACUAAAUAAAUUAGUCGAAACUCCGGCAUUCAUUGCCGAUGCAACAAUAACAACGAGAACGUGUCACCAUCUGGUUGUAGUUCUCAACUUCAAACAAGAAAGAAACGAAAACGGAAACAAAAUUUUAAAUGAAGAAGAACAGAAUGAUACAUUGAUGAACAAUGCUUCACAAGAAAAUGUUGAAUCUUCCCAAAGUCGUCUUCCACUUGCUAGUAUGACAAAUUCAACUGUUGCAUUACGACAAUCAAAACGUACACGACGAACUUGA